AAACCUAUUUCUCUUCUCCCUCGUGCAUGUAUAACCUCCCUUUCUGACGCCACUCCUCUCCUCCGUGCGGCUCGUCACACUGUCUGUAGAAGUGCAAGUGAAGCAGCAAAGGCAGGAAUACCACUGGGACACUAUCAAGAUACUUCUGAAAUUGAUUUUGCAUUUGAUGAUGCUGAUGUUAUCGAAGAAGGAACGUUGCUUGCAAUCAUUGGGAGACAAAUAUCACAGGCUGAAGAGUCCAUACUCCAAGAGAAGUCCAUUUUAAAUGCAGCUAAUCAGCUUGUCUUCAUGAUCAUGGAAAAUCAGUACAAAGGUGGUCUAGAUGGUUCAAUUCCUAUCCUAAUUCAGUCGCUUAACUGGAUGGAAACUGCUGAAGAGAUUGAUGACCUGUUUCUGGGGGACGCAGAGGUAUGGAGGAGAUCAUCUAUGGGGCAAGCAGGUCCACUUGGGGGUGACUUUCCAGUGGUCACUAGAGAAGGCCACAAUAUUCUUGAUGUGAUAUUUACAUCUCCGAUAAAGAGCCUUGCUGAUGUAGCCAAUAGCCUUGACAAAGUUGAUGGGGUUGUGGAACAUGGAGUCAUUUCCAAGUUUCUAUGCAAAGUGGUCAUUGCUUCAGAGGGGGGAAUGCGCACUGUUGACAACAUGGUUACAAAUGCCAUGGAGGGAGUAUAAAACAGAUAACAGGAAAAAUUAGUCACCUUGGCUCUCCAGUAUUCUUCUUGAAGAUUAGCUUCCUGCAUAUACUAAAACAAAACAACCAGAAAUAUAAAAAGAUGUGAAAGAGACAUAUAUAUACAUAUUAUAUAGCUGUGGAGAGCCAAGUAGAUAUCAACAUCCCUCCUUCCACCAAAGUAACAGGGAAACAGUAUCAACAAGAACAGGAUAAAACAGGUUAUAUCUGUGUUAGACCCCAUCUUUCACUUUCAUUAUCAUCCAUCACCUGGUCUCCCUGAUAAGAAAAUUCUGAGUCUGAUUUGGCUGUUGUAUUUCAUCUUAGUGUUUAAUUUGCCGUAUAUAUGCCAAACACAGAUAUGAUCUUUUUUGAUAGCUGAUUAUAUGUAUUGGCCCUUUAUAUCUGA